AUGGAUCCAUACUGCAAGCCAUCUCCCUCGUACACAUCACUUUCGGUUUCGCCAACACUGCUGCCAUCUCCGUUGAAUAGUUCCGUACAGUCGCCCCUCACUCCUGAGGUUACUGACGAGGAGCUGCAGCGUAUUAGCGUUCGCCAACUGAAUCAACGCCUACAGGGGCAUGACCGACAGCUGGUGACGAUGAUGAAGCAGAAACGAAGAACGCUCAAAAAUCGUGGCUACGCUUUGAACUGUCGUGUACGUCGUAUUCAAAAUCAGCUACAGUUGGAAGCUGACAAUAUCCAACUUCGCGAUCAAAUUCGCGGUCUUCUUCAGACACUUUCGGAGAUGCAAGCGCGCUUACAAUACUACGAGCCAGUCGUUGGAAUCGUCAUGAAUUUCCCGCGUCGAAUCGCACGAAUGUACCCAUACCCGCCCUUCGAGAUAUUUACUGAUUUUGCGCACAAUUAG